AUCAAGUAAAGGGAACUAUAAAAAGUGACCACAUCUCACACCACAUGGCACUUUCUCUCUCUAGGAUCGUCUCAUCUGCAACAGUUCGUCGCCGAUUGCCCUUGGUUGGAGCAUUUUGUAUGCUGAGUUUGGGUCUCUCCAACCUCUGCCCUUCACUCUCUCUCUCCUCCAAAACGGGUUGUGCCCAAUCUCUCCCCUUCGUUCCUCUCUUGCGAUCCAAGUUUGUUAGCAGAAAACCGGCUAAGAGUGUUCAUACCAUCAGAAUGGAAGCAAGUAACAAGACUGUGCCCAGUAUUGUUGUCUACGUUACUGUUCCUAAUAAGGAAGCAGGUAAAAAACUAGCUGAAAGCAUAGUCAAAGAAAAACUUGCAGCAUGUGUAAACCGAGUACCAGGUAUUGAGUCGGUGUAUCAGUGGCAGGGAGAGAUCCAGACAGAUUCUGAGGAGCUGCUUAUAAUUAAGACUAGGGAAUCUCUUUUGGAAGCUCUGACUGAGCACGUCAAGUCAAAUCACGAAUACGAACAUACACCUUGCCCUCCACUCCACCACAGACGAGAGAAAAACCUUCCCCACAUCUGGGACCAAAACACCCACACACUACUUGUUACCAGGGUGCCUGAAGUAAUUUCCAUGCCCAUUACUGGCGGCAACAUCCAGUACCUAGAAUGGAUCAAAAACAGCACAAGGGACUGAGUCUUCAAGCUACAAGAUCUUGGAUGAGCAAGGGGUAUGAACACCAACAAAAUUGGGACAUGGUCGAUGCAAAUAAGGCCCAACUUGCAAAAUGGUGUGGGAGUUUGGUAUCAGCUAAAAAUGUGUUCGGGAUAAAUUGAAGAUGCUGAUAAUGUUAAUAACUAAACUGAACAAAUAGACCUCUCUGUUGUUACUAUCUCUGUUCUGUUUUGUUCCUA